AUGGAUCUCACAGACGACAUGGCGCAGGCUCUCAUGGCGGCAGGGCGUGGCACUGAUAUUAGGGAUAUCAGUCUUCCGACUCGCACCAGGAUGCACGUGGAGAUGGGCGACAGCACAUCAGACAGCGAUGGCGAUCACAAGCCAACACGGGAUCGCAAGCAAACACCUGACAGCGACAUCCCACCACAUGUGCCUGUGGACUUGAAGGCCAAGCUGAUCGAGCGUGGCGCUAAGAUCGAGGCUCUUGCAGGCUCUAACUAUCGCAACUACAACGGUGUCGGCUGGAAGCUCAAUUCCCAGGGCCACAAGGAACCCACCACUGUCAAAGGUCGCAUCGUCAUCGACACAUUCGGCUUCAAUCGCUUCAACCCGCAUCAGGCUAUCUACCUCACACCACUCCACGCUCGCGGGGAUUACACGGCUGCUUCAGCACCAGGUAUCAUGCCACCCCCAGGUAUGACGGCCGCCAUGUUCGCCAACACUAUCAGGAUCUCGGAUGGCAAGAACCAAAUCUUCAGCAACCCAGUCGACUACGAUGACGGAGGAAUGCCCGCUGAUGGCUUCUUCGAAGAGGAGCAGCAGGCCAAGACCCGACCACCACUGUCGGAUGAGCACAAGGUGCUUUGCGUACCCCUUGUCCGCGGCUACGCCCUGAAAGAGAAGAUCUGGCUCAACUUCUUCGUCAACUCUGUGCAGGACAUCACUUUCUCCGAACAAGCUUUCGAAGCCCUCGUACUGCCAAAGAACCAGAAGGAGCUUUUGCUUGGCUUCACAACCACAAAGAAGGACAGCAGAGACCAGUUCGACGAUGUGAUCGCUGGAAAGGGCAAGGGCAUGAUCAUCUUGCUCUGCGGUCCACCUGGUGUUGGCAAGACCUUGACUGCGGAGAGUGUUGCGGAGGAGAUGCGUGUGCCGCUGUACAUGCUGGCUGCAGGCGACCUGGGUCUCCACUCGCGCACGAUCGAGGCGAAGCUUGAAGGUUUCCUCGAAAUGUGCACCAGAUGGAACGCAAUUCUCCUCAUCGACGAAGCAGACGUCUUCCUGGAGCAACGCAACCUCCACGAGCUCGAGAGAAACAAGCUGGUCUCCAUCUUCCUCCGUGUGCUCGAGUACUACGAAGGCAUCAUGUUCCUGACCACGAACCGUGUCCAGACACUUGAUGCGGCGUUUCAGAGUCGUAUUCACAUCAGUCUGGAGUACGCGGAGCUGGACGGAAAAGCGCGCCGCGCUAUCUGGAACACAUUCCUCGACAAGCACAACAGCAGAGGUGGCAGUGCUGUGGGUGGAGGAGAUGCCGUAGGGGCAGAGAAGCCCGCCGCGCUCGCUCAUACCAUGAGUGAGGCCGACAUGCGACGCCUCGCAUCGCUGGAGCUCAACGGCCGGCAGAUCAAGAACGUGCUGAAGGUGGCGCAGAUGCUGGCCAGUCUGAAGGGUCAAGCUCUGGGAUAUGGUCAUGUUGAUGCUGCCAUGGAGGGUACACAGUACCUCUACAAGGCGUCUCAGGCCAGCGAUCAGUCGAAGAGUAGCCUCUUCGGUUAG